AUGGAGCAUAGAAACCACACAAGCAUCUCUGAGUUCAUCCUUCUCGGGUUCUCCAGCCAGCCAGAGAAGCAGGAGCUGAUCUUUGGGCUCUUCCUUGCCAUGUAUCUGGUGGGAGCUGCAGGGAACCUGCUCAUUAUCCUGGCCAUCGGCUCGGCCUCCCAUCUCCACACACCCAUGUACUUAUUCCUCAGCAACCUCUCCCUGGUAGAUUUCUGCUUCAUCUCUGCCACGGUCCCCAAGAUGCUUGUGAACAUCCAGACACAGACUCAGUCCAUCUCCUAUGGAGCCUGUCUGGGCCAGAUCUACUUCUGCAUCUUGUUUGCCAACAUGGACAACUUCCUCCUGACAGCGAUGGCCUAUGACCGCUAUGUGGCUAUCUGCCACCCGCUGCACUACUCCUCCAAGAUGAGCCUGCGUGUCUGUGCCCUGACACUGGGCAGCUCCUGGGUCAUCGCCAGCCUCCACUCCCUGCUGCACACCCUCCUCAUGGCCCGGCUGGACUUCUGUGCCGGCAAUGCCAUCCCUUACUUCUUCUGUGACCUCAUUCCCCUGCUCCAGCUCUCCUGUUCCAACACGCAACUCAACCAGCUCAUGAUUCUGCUGGUGGGGGGCCUGAUCGUCCUCCUUCCCUUCCUCGGCAUCCUUGUCUCCUACACACGCAUUGUGUCUGCUGUGCUCAGGGUCCCAUCUGCCCGGGGCAAACAAAAGGCCUUUUCCACCUGUGGCUCCCACCUGACUGUGGUCAUCCUCUUCUAUGGGACCAUCACAGGGGUCUACCUGAGUCCUUCAUCUUCCCACUCCACGGACAAGGAUUCACUGGCCUCCGUGAUGUACAUGGUGGUGACUCCCAUGCUGAAUCCUUUCAUCUACUGCCUGAGGAACAAGGGCAUGAAGGAGGCGCUUAGGAAACUGUUCAGCCUGAAGGCUUUAUCCCAUGGGCUGUGA